AUGUUCCACGCCUUCGGAAAUGUUGGCUCCAAUAUCCCCGCCUUGGAUGAUAUCCAGUCCGGCAAAUACGACUCAAAUGGCUGGAGUGGACCAGGUCAACGGCGGAACAGCAAGGCGCGUCGCGAUUCAGAUGUCCAAGUCCUGAGCCUCUACCGUUCCCGAACCAUGGACCCCACCCAAGCACCGAAGGUGGCCACCAUCGACGAGAAGAGGGCCGCCGAUGGAAGUGAAGGCAUCCUCACCCCCCAAACCGAAGAGAUCGUAGCCCUCACUCCCCACGAUCCAUCCGUCCCCUACGAAAAUGGCUACCAAUUCCCCCCAAAACACACCAGGAAGCAAGCCUUCACCAUCGCCAUGAAAGGGUCCUGGAAGUUCGUCACCACGCCGUUCGGUUUCCUCCUCACGCUGUAUGCACUCAACAUUGUAGCGUGGGGCGGCAUGCUUUUCCUCAUCCUCAUCCACGCCACACCCGCCAUGGCGCACCCAUCCUACAGCAGCUGGGACUCAGGCGCAAAAUUGUGGCUAGAGAUCGAUGCCCAGAUCCUGAACGGACUGUUUUGCGUCACUGGUCUUGGCUUGAUUCCCUGGCGCUUCAGAGACUUCUGGUACCUCCUCCAAUGGCGGUAUCGCAAGGAUGAAUCGGCUUUGAGGAAAUUGGCUGGUAUCCAUCGUGGAUGGUUCCGUCUUCAGGGGAGCGAGACUGUUGAUGUGCAUUACCAUCCAGGACAAGACCCGAUUCCGGAGGGUGUCAGUGAGUCUGUUCUCGCUUUACCCCUCGAGCUGUCUCCCGACCCUCCUUUGACUGGCGAGCGGGCAUCGCCUACAAAGUACUGGCUGUUGGAUUUUGUCAUCUGGGGCUUUGUCUGGAAUACGUUCUUGCAGAUCGUGCUCUGUGGUCUGAUGUGGGGGUUCGGAAGGAGGCGACGUUCUGGUGCGGCAGUCGGGUUGAUGAUUAGUCUGGCGUGUAUCGUGGCUAGUGCUGCCGGAUGGGUUAUUUUCAAAGAGGGGAAGAGGGUUAAGAAAGUUGAGGGCGUCCCAGUUAGUGAGGAGGAUAUGAAGAUCCUGAAGGAGAUGAGGGAGAAGGAACGGGAGAGUGGUACUGCGAAUUCAGUUUGA